CGACGCCGAACCGCCGAAACAACCACUACGAUUUUCAUACUUGUUUAUUGUUGAAAUGGAGGAAGAUAGAGUUGAGGGGUCUAUAGAACAUAGUGAAGAGUUCGUAAACGAAUGUACACCAUGUAUUGGUACGGAGUUUGAGUCAGAAGAUGCUGCGUAUCGAUUCUAUUGCGAAUAUGGAAGGAUUCUAGGGUUUUGCGUUCGAAAAGACUACAUAUCAAAAAGCAAGACGGACGGUGUGAUGAUUAAUAGAAAGUUUGUUUGUAGUAAGGAGGGAGUAAAAAGAGUGGAUAAACGAACUCAGACGACAUCACUAGGUAGACUAGAGACAAGAACUAAUUGCAAAGCAUUUUUGUACAUAUCACUUGAUCGGGCUUCAUUGAAAUGGACUGUGAAAAGAUUUGAUGAGACUCACAAUCACUUGUUACAUAUUCCUGAAACUGUCCAUAUGAUGAGGAAUCAAAGAGGAUUGACUGAGUUACAAGGUAUAACUGUUGAAAUUGCUGAGGCUACCGGGUUACUUCUUAAGUUGUCACAUGAUCUCAUUAGUGCCCAAUCAGGAGGGAAGGAAAACGUUGGGUUCAUGCGAGAGGAUAUUAAAAGCUACUUGCGUGCGAAAAGAGGAAGGGAUUUACAAUAUGGUGAAGCAGGGGCUUUGUUGAGAUAUUUUCAGAAACAAACAAUUGAUAAUCCUUACUUCUUUCAUGGAAUGCAAUUGGAUGUAGAUGAGAUGAUAACCAAUAUCUUUUGGGCGGACCAUGAGAUGAUAAGAGAUUAUGGGCUUUUUGGGGAUACAUUCACUUUGUUUGGUUGAGGUUUUAGAACGUUAUUUUUGAGAGUUGAGUGGUAAUGAGUGGAGAGAGAUAGAGAGAGAAAUUUAUUGAAAACUAUGCCGAGAGUAAAAAUUACUCUCAAAAUGGUGAAUCAAGCGGAGUGAUUGUCUUUUGACACGACUUUUAGAACUAAUAAAGAGUUUCGACCGUUGGCUAUUUUUACCGGCUUUAACCAUUUUCGUAUGACGGUGAUUUUUGGUGUUGCAUUGAUGUAUGAUGAAACAAUCCCAUCAUUUGUGUGGUUAUUCAAAAAAAAUUUAGAAGCAAUGUCGGGGAAGAAGCCUUUCACAUUUUUUACCAAUCAAGAUCAAGCAAUGGCUAACGCGAUAUCUCAAGUUAUGCCGGAUGUGAAACACGGAUUGUGUACAUUUCACAUUAAUCAAAAUGCAAUGAAGCAUUUAGGCUACUUGUAUGGGGAAGAAUCCACAUUUGGUAGUGAUUUCAAUGCGUGCAUGUUUCUCUAUGAAGACGAAAAGGAAUUAGAAGAAGCUUGGGAAUCUUUGCUUGAAAGUUAUAACUUGAAAGACAAUGAGUGGAUGAACAAAACUUGGGAACUUAGAAGGAAGUGGGCACAUGUGUACAUGAAGUUGUCUUAUAAUGCAGGGAUGAGAAGCACUCAACUUAGUGAGAGCUUGAAUGCCAAAUUGAAGAAACACUUAAAGUCCAACCUCCAUCUUGAUCAAUUCUUAACACAACUUGAUAAAGUUGUUUUUGACAAGCGGUACAAUGAAAAAGAAGAAGCACACGGCUCUAGAGAAAAGAUGGUUAGAUUAAAGUAUCCAAGUUGUCCAAUGUUACUUCAUGUUUCCAAAUUGUACACUCCUCCUAUUUGCGACUUGUUCCACAAAGAGUUAGACAUCUCCCUAGGUUGUAAAGUGAUACAAUCAAAGGUGUUGGGAGAUGAAAUUAGAUGUGUGAUUCAAAAGCAUGGACAAGAAAGAGAGUAUGUUGUGUUAGCUAGUGUGGAACUUCAUGCAUUGGGAGCUAAAACUUUUGGAGGAGUACGUUGUAGUUGUCGAAAAUUUGAGAGCUUUGGAAUUCUAUGUGGUCAUGCAAUCAAAGUGCUCUCGCUAAUGAAUGUCAUGGAAAUACCUGAAAAGUACAUAUUACCCCAAUGGAGGCUAGAAGCAAAGAGUUGUUCAUCUAAGGGAAAGGAAGUUAUGGUGGAGGAGACUGAUCGGAAGUUUGUAAUAUCGGCGCAGUAUAGGCAUCUUUGUCCUAAAAUGAUGACAUUAGCGGCUCGGUCAUCUGAAGAUGAUGAAGCAUAUAGGUUGGUGGAGGAUACUAUUACGAGUUUGGGAGUGCAAGUGGAGAAUAUCUUUCUUUCCAAACAUGGCCAUGAUGCGUCAAGUAGUGGAGCCGACAUUGACAUGGGAAUAGAUUCGAUCGAUCCUAUUUUAAAACAUGCAAAGGGUUUGAAAAAGAAAUUCACAGACCGUGCAAGGAAGGGUGGUAGAAGACUAAAGAGAAGUUGAAAAAAAGGGCAAAAGGUGUUCCACAACCUCAGUUCAAUCAGGGCGUUGAACAAUCCGGCUCCAAGGAUUGACGGAACACCCUAUUAUCCACAAACAGCACAUUUAUUAACUCAAGCAUCUUCUAGUUCACAAAUUUCAGAGGAGAUGGAAUUUGAUCGAGCAAGACAUAUUACCAUUGAUGGAUCAAUCCAAACAGCCAUGGAGACCGAGUCAUUCUUCCAUAAUGAAGGGUUCAUUGAUUUUAUCAUCAAUCCACAAUCACCCUCACAUUAUUGACUCUAGAUGUGAGAGGAUGAAUAUUAGAUUGUGUUCUUUUCAAUUUUGGAACUUUAGUUGUGGUCGCGCUUUUUGGGGUAACACGAUGAAUAUGAGAUCGUGUUCUUUUGAAUUAUGGAUUAUGGGAUUGAGAUUGUGAAGAAUUAUAUUUAUGAUUGGGAACCUAAAUGUGGAGAUUCAGUUUUUCUCAUGGGAUUCCAGUACAAAUUUCCGAUUAAUGGGUACUCCUUAGCUUUUGAUUUAAGUUUUUCAAGGUUUGAGUUCUUGGUAUUUGAUCUUUUUGUUCGUUCUUGCCUUUUCUUUUUGUUUAUAGCUUGUGUUUUGUAGCUAGGUUCCUGUGGUUGGCAUGAAGGAAAAAAAAGCAGAAAAAAAAACGCAGCAGUUUUCCCUCAAAACAGCGUCGUUUUGAGGUGUGGGAGGACCAGCAAUUUUGCCUCAAAACUGCGUCAUUUUGAUGAGAAGAGGUCCAGCAGUUUUAUCCUCAAAACGACG